AUGGCCGAAGCCGAUGGGCCGCAGAUGAUCUUUGGUGACGCCAAGAACCGCGAGCUAGUCGCCAGCUUCUACGGCGAGCUUCCCUUCAACAAGCUCUACUUUGAGCUAAUGGCCGACUUUCUCUCGCGCCUCUCGACAAAGCUUAAUCUGACCUGCCAAACCCCAACCACUCUGAAGAUCUUGGAGAUGGGCGCUGGCACCGGCGGAACCACCAAGGUCCUUGUGCCCAUGCUCGCCAAGCUUGGGAUCCCAGUUGAAUACACCUUCACUGAUCUAUCACCGUCGCUCGUGGCACAGGCCAAGCGGCGGUUUAAGCCGUAUCCCUUCAUGAAGUUCGCCGUGCACGAUAUCGAGCAGCCACCGUCUGAAGCAGAGCUCGUGAGCUCCCAGCACAUCGUCAUCGCCAGCAACGCCGUGCACGCGACGCAUUCGCUCCACGUCUCGGCUGGAAACAUCCGCAAGUUCCUAUGCCCCGACGGCUUCCUCAUCCUGCUCGAGAUGAUGGGUUCCCUGCACUGGGACGAUGUCGUCUGGGGCACCCUCGAGGGCUGGUGGCUCUUCGACGACGGCCGGACCCACGCCAUCGUGGAUGAGAAGCACUGGGAGAAGGAGCUUCUUGGCUCUGGUUUCAAACACAUCGAGUGGACAGACGGCAAGCUGCCCGAAGUUCGCGUGCAGCGGGUUUUGGUCGCCAUGGCGGCUGAUGUCCCGCCUGGGCUGAAGAGUCUGUCUGUUGCGGAUCGCUCGGGUGCGAAUUACCAUGAGCAUGAUGAGGAGAUGAAUGAAGAACAUAUCCGGGCUCGAGUUGCGGCCGCGGAUAAGUAUGUGAAGCGCACAAUUGAGGGGUUUUCGGUCACUCCACUCAGUACUUCGGCGAAUGCUACAAGCAGUGCCAGCUCAUCUGUUUCCGUACUGGUCACUGGGAGCACGGGAAGCCUCGGUAGCCACAUCAUCGCACACCUCGCCAGCCUCCCUACAGUUGAUAAAGUCUACUGCAUUAACCGCCAUGGUCCGGGCGGCCUGAAGGCAAGGGCCAAUGCGGAUCCGCAAAAGCGUCAAAUCCAGGCACUUGAGUCGAAGUCAAUUCACCUGGACCAGUGGUCACUCUCCAAGCUCGAGGCGAUCGAAACGGACUCUUUCGAAGCGCAGCUCGGCCUUGACAUGGAAGUUUACGAACAACUAGUGGAUAGCGUGACGCACAUCAUUCACAACGGCUUCCCCGUCAAUGGCCUGCGCUCCCUGGAGCAGAACGAGCCGCAGUUCGCCACGAUGCGCAACCUCGUCGACCUCGCGGCCAAGGCGUCCGCAGCUCGCGGUCCAAACAGCAAGAUUACCUUUCAGCUAGUAUCGUCGCUUUCGGCCGUGGGCAAGUAUCCCUACACGCACGGCGGUCAGACGCAGGUGCCCGAGGAGCCGCUCGACAUGGAUAGCGCGCUACCCAACGGCUAUGGUGGCGCCAAAGUGAUAUGCGAGCGUGUGCUGCGGGAGACCCUAGGUCAGCACCCCGAGCGCUUCCGUGCGGCUUGGCCAGGUCUCCGGCUCCGUCAAAACCGGCUACUGGAACCACAUGGAGGUCCUUGGUUUUCUUUUCAAAUCGGCCCAGACCCUACGCGCCUUCCCUAA